AUGUUUCAACGCUUCGACGUGAACACCAAAGGCACCGACCUCGCCCAAGACCUGGCACCCUGGUCGCAGUCUUUCCAAGCUGAAAGAAACUCAAGACAAGACUCAAAAGUGGAGGUCCGACCUCUCGUGCUGGAUCUCCAAUCAUUCGACUCAGUCCGCGCCGCUGCGAAAGAGGUCAUUGCCCAGACAGAGCACAUCGAUGUGCUCGUGAACAAUGCGGGCGUCAUGGCACCGCCGUACUCCAAGACAAUUGACGGCUUUGAGUCGACAUUUCAGACAAAUCACUUGUCCCACUUCCUGUUCACGAAUCUAAUCAUGGAGAAGCUCAUGUCCGCUCCUGAACCGAGAGUAGUAGUAGUCAGUAGCGAUGGCUAUCGACUCGGCCAUGUUCGAUACAAUGACUACAACUUCCACGACGGCGAGAGCUAUAAUCCAUGCUUGACAAGACGCGACAUCGAAGUCGGUGCUCCGCAAGCUUGGGCUGGAUUGGAUGUCAUCGGUGAAGACCAGGGGAUCGCCACGCACGUCUUUGCUGCGUUCUCGCCCGAGGUGAAAGAAUUCAACGGUGGCUACCUUGAGAAGCUGCAACAGGUGCCGUUUCCAGAUGAGAGCAUAUACCCGUGGGCGAUCGGCGAGCUUGAGCAGCGAAGAUGCUGGAAGUUAAGUGAGGAGCUUGUGGGUCGGGUCUUUAAGUACUGA